AUGGAAGCCAUCAGCAAGGCUCUCGGCAUGAAAAUCCUCAUUGCCGAAUGCAAAUCCGUCCCGGACAGUGACGUGAGAGCUGGGGGAACGGCCUUCGACGAGGUGCUCAAAACCUGCAACGAGCUGAUGAUUGGGUGUCCACUGGACGACGGGACGAGAGACAUGAUCACGAAAGUCGAGCUGAGACAGAUGCGGACGGACAGCAUGGCCGUCAACCUCGCUUGGGGAGGCGUCAUGGACGAGGCAUCGCUCGUGAAGGCCCUCGAUGAAGGCUGGAUUGCGUGUGUUUUCGACGACAGACAUGCCAGUCUGGAGACUCUACAGACGCUCGUGAAGACAACGCUGGAAAGUUACGUCGUUGGCAAGCCGCAAACUUAG